AUGGCCUUCUGGACGCAGCUGGUGCUGCUGCUCUGGAAGAAUUUCACUUAUCGCAGGAGACAGCCGAUCCAGCUCCUUGUUGAGUUGCUGUGGCCCCUCUUUCUCUUCUUCAUCCUGGUAGCCGUCCGCCAUUCCCACCCCCCAUUCGAGCACCAUGAAUGCCACUUCCCCAACAAGCCGCUGCCAUCGGCGGGCAUGGUGUCCUGGCUGCAGGGCCUCAUCUGUAACGUGAACAACACCUGCUUUGCACAGCCAACACCUGGCGAGGAGCCUGGGGUCCUGAGCAACCUCAAUGACUCUCUGGUCUCCCGGCUCCUGGCUGAAGCCCGUGGUGUCCUGGGAGGCCCCAAUGCCUACAGGGCACUGGCUGGCCUGGGGAAGCUGAUGCCCGCGCUGAGGGAGGCCCUCAGGACAGGUGAGGAGGCUCUGAGCCUCAGCUCGGCUGGCUGUGAACAGCCACAGGAGGGACCAUCAACACCGGACAUGCUGGCCACUAAGCUGUUGGGGACCCUGUUUCAAGGGAACUUGUUGGGGUCUGUGCUGAGCCAAGCCCAGGAGACUAUGGAUAGCUUUGUGGAGGCAGCAGAAGACCUGGCCCAGGAAGUACAGGCACUGCCCAGCCUGGCUGAGCUGUGGGCGCUGCUGCAGAGACCCCAGGAGACCAGCAGCCCCCUGAAGGCUGUAUCAGAAGUCCUGUGUGGUGCCAGGGGGCCUGGUGGCCCAGGGGUGCCCUCUCUCAACUGGUACGAGGACAGUGACCUGAGGGAGUUCGUGGGGCAGGAUCUGGCACCAGGCCUGGUGGACAGUGGCCUAAGCCCUGCCUGUGCUGAGCUGAUGGGGGGCCUGGACACCCACCCACUGUCCCGCCUGCUCUGGAGACGCCUGAAGCCACUGGUCCUUGGGAAACUACUCUUUGCUCCUGACACACCGUUCACAAGGCAGAUCAUGGCCCAGGUGAACCAGACCUUCCAGGAGGUGGCUCUGCUGAGGGACAUCCAAGAGGUGUGGGGGGUGCUGGGACCCCAAAUUUUCGACUUCAUGAAUGACAGUGCCAACGUGGCCAUGCUGCAGCGGUUCCUGCAGAUGAGGGACAAAGGGAGGAGUCAGCCAGGACCCAGAGGCCAGGACUGGCCUGAGGCCCUCGGUGCCUUCCUGGACCCCAGCAGGGGUGGCUACAGCUGGCAGGAGGCCCACACCAAUGUGGGGCACCUGGUGGACAUGCUGGGCAGCAUGAUGGAGUGCAUAUCACUGGACAAGCUGGAGGCGGCACCCUCGGAAGGGGCGCUUGUGGAGCGGGCCCUGCAGCUGCUGGCUGAGCACCGCUUCUGGGCUGGCAUCGUCUUCCUGGGGCCUGAAGACCCUCCGGACCUCACCGAGCCCCCAGCCCCGGACUCUGGUCCUGGCCACCUGAGGGUCAAGAUACGCAUGGACAUCGACAAUGUUAUGAGGACCAAUAAAAUCAGGGACAGGUUUUGGGACCCCGGCCCGGCUGCUGACCCCCUGACUGAUCUGCGCUACGUGUGGGGCGGCUUUGUGUACCUGCAGGAUCUGCUGGAGCGCGCAGCCGUGCGGGUGCUCAGCGGCACCUCUCCCCGCGUGGGCCUCUACCUGCAGCAGAUGCCCUACCCGUGCUUCGUGGAUGACGUGUUCCUGCGCGUACUGGGCCGGUCGUUGCCGCUCUUCCUGACUCUGGCCUGGAUUUACUCGGUGGCGCUGACGGUGAAGGCUGUGGUGCGCGAGAAGGAGACGCGGCUGCGGGACACGAUGCGUGCCAUGGGACUGGGCCGCACCGUGCUCUGGCUUGGCUGGUUCCUCAGCUGCCUUGGCCCCUUCCUUCUCAGCGUCGGUCUGCUGGUGCUGGUGCUCAAGCUCGGGGACAUCCUCCCCUACAGCCACCCGGCCGUGGUGUUCCUGUUCCUGUCGACCUUCGCCAUGGCCACCGUGGUUCACAGCUUCUUGCUGAGUGUCUUCUUCUCCCACGCCAACCUGGCGGCUGCCUGCGGGGGCCUCGCCUACUUCUCGCUCUACCUCCCCUACGUGCUGUGUGUGGCCUGGCGGGACCGGCUGCCCGCGGGCGGCCGUGUGGCCGCGAGCCUGCUGUCGCCGGUGGCCUUCGGCUUCGGUUGCGAGAGCCUGGCGCUGCUGGAGGAGCAGGGCGAGGGCGCACAGUGGCAUAACAUGGCCACCGGGCCUGCGGCUGACGUCUUCAGCCUGGCCCAGGCCUCGGGCCUGCUGCUACUCGAUGCAGCCCUCUACGGCCUGGCCACCUGGUACCUGGAGGCCGUAUGGCCAGGCCAGUACGGGAUCCCCGAACCGUGGAACUUCCCCUUUCGGAGGAGCUACUGGUGUGGGCCCCUGCUGCCCAAGGACCGCGCCCCGUCCUCUCCACCACAGGACCCGGAGGUGCUGGUGGAAGAGGCACCGCCCGGCCUCCAUCCCGGUGUCUCAGUGCGCGGCCUGGAGAAGCGCUUCCCUGGCAGCCCGCGGCCCGCGCUGCGCGGGCUCAGCCUGGACUUCUACCAGGGCCACAUCACCGCCUUCCUGGGCCACAACGGGGCUGGCAAGACCACCACGCUGUCCAUCCUGAGUGGCCUCUUCCCGCCCAGUGGCGGCUCUGCCUUCAUCUUGGGCUAUGACGUCCAGUCCCACAUGGCAGCCAUCCGGCCCCACCUGGGUGUCUGCCCCCAGUACAACGUGCUGUUCGACCUGCUCACGGUAGAGGAGCACGUCUGGUUCUAUGGGCGGCUGAAGGGGCUCAGUGCAGCUGAGGUGGGUCCCGAGCAGGACCGGCUGCUGCAGGAUGUGGGUCUAGUCCCCAAGCGCUGGACACAGACACGCCACCUCUCUGGUGGGAUGCAGAGGAAGCUCUCUGUGGCUAUUGCCUUUGUCGGGGGCUCCCAUGUCGUCAUCCUGGAUGAGCCCACAGCUGGAGUGGACCCUGCUUCCCGCCGCAGCAUUUGGGAGCUGCUGCUCAAAUACCGGGAAGGCCGCACACUGAUCCUCUCCACCCACCACUUGGAUGAGGCGGAGCUGCUGGGAGACCGAGUGGCCGUGGUGACAGGUGGCCGGCUGUGCUGCUGUGGCUCCCCACUCUUCCUGCGUCGUCACCUGGGCUCCGGCUACUAUCUGACGUUGGUGAAGGGUCCCCCGCCCCUGGCUGCUGGCGUGAAGGGUGACAGUGACUUGAAGCACAGGGUGGACACCAGGCAGGAAGGAGAACAGAGCGGAGUGGCUGAUGUGGCCCAGCUGCUAGCCCUCGUGCAGCGCUGGGUGCCUGGGGCACGUCUGGUGGAGGAGCUGCCUCACGAAUUGGUGCUGGUCCUGCCCUACCUGGGUGCCCUGGACGGCAGCUUCGCUGGGCUCUUCCGUGAGCUGGAUACGCGCGUGGGGGAGCUUGGGCUUGGCGGCUGUGGGAUCUCGGACACCAGCCUCGAGGAGAUCUUCCUGAAGGUGGUAGAAGACUGUGGUGUGGACGCAGAUCCCGAGGACAGUGGCCAUGGGCAGCCCCUGCGCACAGGCUUCACUGCUGCAGUCAAGACCAUGCGGCUUGGGACGCUGCCGGAGGAGGCAGUUCUGGAGAACGGGGAGCCAGCUGGCUUGACCCCGGAGACACAGGCCCUGCGCGGCUCCAGCCUGGGUACUGCAGGCCGGGUACAGGGCUGGGUGCUGACCUGCCAGCAGCUCCGGGCCCUGCUUCGCAAGCGUUUUCUGCUGGCCCGCCGCAGUUGCCGGGGCCUGUUUGCACAGAUUGGGCUCCCCGCCCUCUUUGUGGGCCUGGCACUGGUGUUCAGCCUCAUCGCACCACCUUUCGGGCACUACCCAGCACUGCGGCUCAGUCCAGCCAUGUAUGGGACCCAGGUGUCCUUCUUCAGCGAGGAUGCCCCAGGGGACCCUGAAAGUGCCCGCCUGCUCCAGGCACUGCUGGAGGAGGCGGGGCUGGAAGAGCCCCCCGUCUCCACUCCCAACAGGACGCCUCAGUGCACACCACUCCCUUCCUGCCUAUUCUUGGUGCCUGAGGUGCCUACGGAUGUGGCCAAGGUCUUGGCCAGUGGCAACUGGACCCCCGAGUCUCCAUCUCCAGCUUGCCAGUGCAGCCAGCCUGGCUCCCGCCGCCUGCUACCGGAUUGCCCGGCUGCAGCUGGUGGCCCCCCACCACCCCAGCUGCUGACAGGCUCGGGUGAGGUGGUCCAGAACCUGACAGGCCGGAACCUGUCUGACUUCCUGGUCAAGACCUACCCACGACUAGUGCGCCAGGGCCUGAAGACCAAGAAAUGGGUGAAUGAGGUCAGGUAUGGGGGGUUCUCUCUGGGUGGCCGGGAUCCAGGCCUGCCCUCAGGGCAGGCUGUGGGCCGCUCACUAGAGGAGCUGCGUGUGCUGCUGAGCCCGGUGCCAGGCGGGGCCCUGGACCGCAUCCUGAACAACCUCACAGCCUGGGCUCGCAGCCUGGAUGUUCAGGACAGUGUCAAGGUCUGGUUCAACAACAAGGGCUGGCACGCCAUGGUGGCCUUCGUCAACCGAGCCAACAAUGCACUCCUACGUGCUCACCUGCCCCCAGGCCCUGCCCGCCGCGCUCACAGCAUCACCACGCUCAACCAUCCCCUGAACCUCACGAAGGAGCAGCUGUCUGAGGCUGCGCUAAUGGCUUCCUCAGUGGACGUCCUCGUCUCCAUCUGUGUGGUCUUCGCUAUGUCCUUUGUCCCAGCCAGCUUCACACUCGUCCUCAUUGAGGAGCGCGUCACCCGAGCCAAACACCUGCAGCUCAUGGGGGGCCUACCCCCCACCCUCUACUGGCUCGGCAACUUUCUCUGGGACAUGUGUAACUACUUGGUGUCAGCAUGUAUUGUGGUCCUCAUCUUCCUGGCCUUCCAGCAGAAGGCGUAUGUGGCCCCUGCCAACCUACCUGCCCUCCUCCUUCUGCUGCUACUGUAUGGCUGGUCGAUCACGCCGCUCAUGUACCCAGCAUCCUUCUUCUUCUCCGUGCCCAGCACGGCCUAUGUGGUGCUCACCUGCAUCAACCUCUUCAUCGGAAUCAAUGGCAGCAUGGCCACCUUUGUGCUGGAGCUCUUCUCUGACCAGAAACUGCAGCAGGUGAGCCAAAUCCUGAAACGAGUCUUCCUCAUCUUCCCCCACUUCUGCCUGGGCCGAGGGCUCAUUGACAUGGUGCGGAACCAGGCCGUGGCUGAUGCGUUUGAGCGCCUGGGAGACCAGCAGUUCCAGUCACCUCUGCGUUGGGAGGUGGUCGGCAAGAACCUCUUGGCCAUGGCAGUCCAGGGGCCUCUCUUCCUCCUCUUCACACUCCUGCUCCAGCACCGCCACCACCUCCUUCCACAACCCAAGCUGCAGCGUAUGCCACCUCUGGAGGAGGAAGAUGAGGAUGUGGCCCGUGAGCGGGAGCGGGUGGUCCGAGGGGCCACUCAGGGUGAUGUGUUGGUGCUGAGGGACCUGACCAAGGUGUACCGUGGCCAGAGGAUGCCUGCUGUCAACCGCCUGUGCCUGGGAAUCCCCCCUGGGGAGUGCUUUGGGUUGCUGGGUGUCAAUGGUGCAGGCAAAACGUCCACGUUCCGCAUGGUGACGGGGGACAUGCUGCCCAGCGGGGGCGAGGCUGUGCUGGCGGGCCACAGCGUGGCCCGGGAAUCAGCUGCCGCCCACCGCUGCAUGGGCUACUGCCCGCAGUCUGACGCGAUCCUCCAGCUGCUGACGGGCCGCGAGCACCUGGAGCUCUUUGCACGCCUACGUGGUGUCCCAGAGGCCCAGGUAGCCCAGACAGCAAGUGCGGGCCUGGCUCGCCUGGGGCUUGUGCACUAUUCUGACCGGCCUGCGGGCACCUACAGUGGCGGCAACAAGCGGAAGUUGGCGACAGCGGUGGCGCUGGUUGGAGACCCAGCGGUAGUCUUCCUGGAUGAGCCGACCACGGGCAUGGACCCCCGAGCGCGGCGCUUCCUUUGGAACAGCCUCUUGGCGGUGGUGCGAGAGGGCCGCUCCGUGGUGCUCACCUCGCACAGCAUGGAGGAGUGUGAGGCGCUCUGCACACGCCUGGCCAUCAUGACGAAUGGGCGGUUCCGCUGCCUGGGCAGCGCGCAGCAUCUCAAGGCCAGAUUCGGGGCGGGCCACACGCUGAUCCUGCGGGUGCCUGCGGGGCGGGCCGAAGCAGCGGCGGAGUUCGUGGCGGCUGCGUUUCCGGGGGCCGAGCUGCGGGAGGCCUACGGCGGUCUCCUGCGCUUCCAGCUGCCACCAGGUGGACUUUGCGACCUGGCCCGCGUCUUUGAGGAGCUGGCAGCACACGGCGCAGAGCACGGCGUCCAGGACUUCUCCGUGAGCCAGACCACGCUGGAGGAGGUAUUCCUGUACUUCUCCAAAGACCAAGGGAGGAGGGAGGCGGAGGAAGGCACCGCUUUGCAGAAGGAGACACGAGUGGGUGGGGACGUCACACAAUGUCUGCGGAGCCGUAAACGCGUCAGCUGCUUCCUGGAGGACCCCAGUGCUACGGAAACUGUGCUCUGA